AUGGAUCAGUUUUCACUUUCAUUGACCAAUUUCAAAGGUGUGACACCUGAGUUGAUUGACACUCGUUAUGCUAUUUUAGUUUUGGUUAUUCCAAGUGCAAAUGAUGAUUGGAGCCAUAAUGAGAUGGAGAUAGUGGAAGUAGUUGCUGAUCAGGUGGUUGUGGCCCUAUCCCAUGCGAUUGUUCUUGAAGAGUUAAUGAGGGAGAAACUAGAAGCGAGGAACGAUUUGCUGCAACAGGCUAAGGAGAAUGCUGUGAAGGCAAGCCAGACAAGGUAUUCGUUUCAGAAGGUAAUGAACAAUGGGAUGAGACGACCAAUGCACUCGAUUUUGGGUUUGCUUUCCAUACUUCAAGAUGAGAACACAAGCACUAAUCAGAAGAUUAUUAUCGACACAAUUGUGAGAAUAAGCACCGUUCUGUUAAACUUAAUAAAUGAUGCAAUGGAUAUACCUAACAAAUACGAAGGGAGAUUCCCAGUAAAAAUGAUGCCGUUUCAGUUGCAUUCACUUAUCAGAGAGGCUUCUUGUCUAGUUAAGUGCUUGUGUGUUUAUAAGGGCUUUGGAUUUUCCAUGGAUGUUCCAAGUUCUUUACCUAAUCUGGUGAUGGGUGAUGAGAAGAGAACCUAGUCGACUUUUCUUCAAAAGAUAAGGGUCGGGUCGGGUUAAUUCUAUCCUAGGGAGUGAGCAACACGUGCAUGACGUAGACGAGGGAAUGGGUAAAAAUGACCCAUUUACAAUGAUAUAUAGUUGUUUAGUGGGGUGAUAGGACACUUUUAAAAUUUAGGUGUCUUUAUGAAAAUAUGGAACAACUUCGAUGGUGUAUUUAUGUCUUUACACUCUACCAAAAUGAUCCCUUAGUAUUUUGUCUCCUACAUCUUAAGUCUCGUAAUAUUGUAAUAUGAGUUUGAACAAUGCACACUUUAACUCGUCAAUUUUUG